UGCGGGGGAAGAGAGUGGAUAUGAUCAAGGGUUCCUGCUAACAGCCUGCUGUUGUACUUAAUAUAUUUACAUCAGAUGGGACUUGAUAUGCAACCGGUUUCCCUCCUCUUCCUGUGACUAUUGGGUUCUUUAUUUAUCUAACAAGUGCAGAAAGAUGGUUUGAAGGGAACAGAGCAAACCUCCAAAGUGAAAGUGAACUGGGAACUUGAUAGUGCGUCUGUACUGGUUGAAGAGGGAAAUGAAAUUCCUCCUUCCAUGUCUGAGUCAUCUGUAAUCGAGGAACUCACACCAGCUGAUCAUCAUGAAUAACUCAUCAUUUGCCAACAACACCCCACUAUGCUACUCCAUCAACAGCCCUCCAUUCAGGCCCAUCCCCAACGCCUCGGCCUACUUCUCAUCCAUCUUCAGCGCCUUGGGUCUCACAUCAAAUUUAAUCGCCUUCGUAGUUCUACUCAAGUCCUUCCGGCGGACACACAGCCGCUCGCGCUCCUUCUUCAUGAUCUUCCUUGGUGGCCUGGUGGUUACUGACUUCAUGGGUCUUCUGGUCACCGGGUCCAUCGUGGUUUCAUACCACAUCACUCACUUUAAUUGGCGCAACUUAGAUCCAAACUGCCACUUAUGCAACUUCAUGGGUAUGUCUAUGGUCUUCUAUGGACUGUGCCCACUGAUGCUUGGUGCUGCCAUGGCCAUAGAGCGCUUCAUUGGCAUCAACCACCCAUUUGCACACUCCAGCAGCAUGCCCAAGAGCCGGACAGUGUUCAUGGUGCUGAUGGUGUGGUUGAUCGCAGGCUGCAUAGCUUUGCUGCCCCUAACAGGCAUCGGGAGCUACCACAUGCAGAUACCUGGAUCCUGGUGUUUUUUCAACAUCAGCUCUAAGGGGAAUGAUUUUGCCUUCUCCCUGAUCUUCUCUCUGCUCGGGUUGAUGAGCAUUGCUGUGUCAUUUUUGCUAAACACGGUGAGCAUUGUGACGCUAAUCAAGGUGUGCUGCGGAAAGGGUAAGAACCAGCGCCGCAGAGAUCACGAAAUAGAGAUGAUGGUUCAGCUCAUCCUCAUCAUGGUCAUCGCUUCCAACUGCUGGUGCCCCCUUCUGAUAUAUAUUCUGAGGUACGUGAAUCAGGUGACUACUGAGAUGACUGCAGAUCCUGAAAGAGAUGAAAAUGUUUUGUUCUUCAUACGAAUGGCCACCUGCAAUCAGAUAUUUGACCCCUGGAUAUACAUCAUGUGUCAAGUGUCCCCACUAAG